AUGUGGCCCAUACUACUAUUGACUUUGGCCCCGGCUGCACUCGCCCUAUAUUGCCCUGCCAACUGCAGCUGUGGGAUGGGCGAUGAAUUGGAGUACGUAUGCAAGUCUGGUGGCAAGAAACUGUAUUUUAAUGCAAGAAAUAAUGAGUACGUCAACAUUAAAUGUCAGGGUAUAAACCUCACAUGUUCAGACUUCCCUCACUUCAAUUUCGCCAACAACCAGACCCUCCCGUCUCUCUGGUUGAGGGAAUGCCCUCCUUCCAUCAUUCCAUGCCUCAAUGAGGCACUGAUGACCCCAUCAGUAAGCUUCCUCAGUCUCUCAGCUCUGCAAGCUCCGUUGCAAGUCGAUGAUGUGGAAAACCUUGGUGAUGUCCAGGAAAUAAUGAUCACUGGAGGCCCUCAAGAUACCAUACCCCCAUCGGUUCUCCAAGCGCUGCCAACUCUUCGACGCCUUCGAAUUACCAGUUCCUCAAUAAACCUGACUGCAUCCACCUUCGCCCUAUCACCUGAGCUGGAGUUCUUGGAGUUAUCUGAUGCCCACAUCACGGAGCUACCCUCAGGAACCUUCGCUGGUCUGCCAAAGUUGAAGAUCCUCAAUAUAUGGGGGAAUAACUUCAGUAAUGUCGAAGUGGAUUCUCUACAGGGAUUGGACUCUUUAGAGAAUUUAUCAUUUGGUACAAGUAAUGUGACGAAUAUUACUCCUGGAUCUCUCAAGCACGUUCCAAAGCUAAAAUCUAUAUACAUAAUGAAGAAUCGGAUCGGAGAAAUUGCCCCUGGACUAUUUUAUAACCUGACGCAUUUGGAAAAUAUCACGAUACAUCUUAACGACAUAAAAUUGCAACUGCACGCUAAUUCCAUAUCCAACCUACCAUCAUUGAAAAACCUUAUCAUAAAAGACUGUUUUGCCGAGCUACCCAAGGACUUGAUCACACAAUGCGAAGCCCUAAUCACUCUAGACCUCUCCCAAAACCGGAUAACCGGUAUACCAGAGGGCUUCUUCAAGGAUCUAAAGAAUCUUGAACAUCUAGAUCUGAGUUUUAAUAAGAUAUCUAUGUUGAAAAGUGGAGUUUUCUCUCCCGUUAAGAAGUUAAAAUAUUUAAAUCUAGAUCGGAAUCAUUUGGAAGUUUUACCUGAACUACUUCCAUUCCGUUACUGGAAUCACCGAUCCGUUUACCCAGACAGGUAUAAAGACAGCUCUUGUAUGAAAUUUCCCGAAAUUAGCGAUUUGGAAUACGCUGCCACAUCUUGGCAGCUGCUUUCUUUAGAGAAUGGAAGUGUUUAUAUUUAUGGAGCCUAUUGGGAUCCCAGGUUUGAGGAGCCGUUGGUCAGAAUCCUGGUGUAUUCUGACGUCAGUCCGUUACCAAAACUUUAUUGUCAGUUAUGGUUCCCAAACGACAAUGAACCACAAACAGAGCUGGCGACCCCAGUGUAUGGCUGGCAAACGGCCUGGUAUGGUCCUGUCAUGGGGGUGAAUGAACCGUAUAUAUUAACUUGUACCUGCCGUCGACACCCCCCUGAGAAGGAGGCGGCACCAGUCGCUGUGUCCGUAGUCACAGGUCCAUGUGGUGAAACCUCUAAUGUACUAAAUAUACAGAACGCUCCAUUCAACAAUCAUAUAAAUAAAAGAACGGGAAUGUCGUCACACCGCAACGAUUCUUCAAUAGCGGUUUGUCUAAAAUGGCUGCAUUAUCGGAAUGAUAUUUCCACCAGCCUGGUGGAAUGGCUGCAGCUUAUCAAGCACUUUGGAGCUGACGAAGUCUACAUAUACAUCCUCAGGAUACACCCAAAUUUGCGAAAAGUCUUGAAAUACUACGUGGACCAAGGAUUUGUAGUAGUGACAGGAUUCGACCAUGCUCCUCAAGUGUCUGGCCUAAAGCAGUCGCGGAGUACUCGGGAUUUUCACGAUCUGAGGAGGGAACUACUCCCUUUAAACGACUGCCUUUACAGGAACAUUAUGCGGCACGCCUGGCUGCUUGCCAUAGACCUCGAUGAGAUGAUUGUGCCGCCAGCAAACAAGACCUGGUCUUUUAUGAUUGAGAGGCUAAUAGCCAAUACGACUAAUAGGCAAGAAAACAGGCCAUUAGAUUCUCUGGUUUUUCAAAACUACUUUGUGUUGGAUGGAGCUCAGGUGGACUUAGAGGGACCAGCCAAAACCCGUAUACUGUCUCACACAUGGCGCGCUGACGCACCUAGUCCACCAGGAUCAAUGGUAAAAUCCUUCGUGAAUACAUCAUCAAUAAUUGCAAUGCACAACCAUCAGCCCCUGGUGUGCCAUGAACCAUGUUCUGUGAAGUACGUGGAUGCUGCAGGCCCUGGAAGACUCCUGCAUUUUAGAGAAAAAUGCUCCUAUAACGAAAAAGACUGUCCUGAGCUACAUGAUGUGGUGAAAGACGAUACCCUCGCUAGCUGGCGUCAAACUGUCCUUGAAGAGAUCAAACAUGUUUUGCAGAUUUUAGAUUUAAACCCUUUGGAAUGA